AUUGUGAGCAAAAUGUCUUAGGCCAACGCUGGGUAUUAGAUAAUGCAAAAGAAAAUGGUGGUUGAUCCUAUGGGACAGCUUCUGAGACGUUGCCUUUCAAAUAGUCCAGAUGCUGUUAUUUGUGUUAAUCCACUGUAAUCUUUGAAAAGAUUGACCAAGUCCACUCUUAAUUAUUUUUGUGAUUCUGUCAAGGUUUCCAUCCUCUAGGUCAAAAGAGGUUAUCAGACUACAUAGCUUUAAAGCCCAGUGUUCUCCAGUAAAUCCAGCUGCACGAAAGUCUCACCAAAGAAAAGAAACAGCAAGAGACUGUAGGAAACCUAAUUUUUGACCACUCUGGCAGAGCUGUCCAUUUUUUCUUCCUCAUUCAGUCUAAAAAUAUCACACAGUAGAACUUGUUUAUGUAUGAAGGAAAAUAUCAAGGGAUUUCUUAAAGGUCAUGAGGACAUUCUGCUUCUGGUAUCCUUAUGGUUAAGACUGGUUUAGAUAGGUAACAUAUUUAAAAGUUUCCAAAAAAUUCCCAUGACAGCAUCUACAUAUACAAGGAGAGAAGGGAGAUGAAACAAACCGCACAGAAAAUGGGCUGGUUAUAUAAAUGUAUCAGACACUGUCAAAUAAAAAAACAAACCAACAGCAGAUUGGAGGCAACAGCUUUUUAUUAUUAUAUCUGUCUACCAAUCAUCUAUCUGAGUAUUUAUAUUUUCUACUUUAGUCAAUAGAGUAUCAAACCAGCUCACAAAUUGUUAAAUUGACAAUUCUUUGCCCUCAGAUUUACGAUUAGAUUCUUCCUUGUGGUCUCUGUGAAUGCACACAUGUGGAGUUUACUGUGCCUGCGCAUGCUGUGUUCUUUCAAAUUUUAGUGGUAACCCUGCCCACUCCUCCCCAGGGCAUAAAAUGCAUCCUGGCUCUGUAUGACCCAGUUCCUUUCUUCCGCCGCUGUCACAGCUCUCUCGGAACUUUGUCAGACUGUCGACAACUCACUUCAAGCACUGUAUCCAGUGUGCACUGAAGAUACCAGACUGAUAUCCAUGUCAAGUGCCUCUGCCUGGGACAAAGCCAUGUGAUUUGCUCGUGUGGCCAUUGCCAGGCCUUCACGGCCCAGGCAAGACAAAAUAGAGCUCCUAGGCUGAAAGCCUUGCUCUAUCAGCAUCCUAGUGACACCAGCCUGACCAAAGCCAGGCUGGUACCCAACCCUUCUCAGCAUCUCCAGUUCCUGCCCCUCCCACAUCUCCUCUUGAUGGAAGAAGGGGGGACUCUGCACCUAGACAUGUCCUCCGUACACCUGUUGGCCCAGAAAAUAUGCCUGUAAGCCAGCUAUCACCAGGCAGUGCACAAACCCUCGACAGCGAAGGCCUACACCUACAAGAUUUCCCAGUUCCAAGCAUUCCUUUGAACCCAAGAAGUCCCAUCGAAUGUCCUCGACUUCUUACUCACCUUGUCCAAAGGCCUUGUGCUCUCGUCCAUCAAGGCCUACUUAGCUGCCAUCUCAUGCUCCUUACAGAAACAGGGACACCCGUUCCUCUUUAUCGACUACCUGGUCAAGACCUUCUUAAAGGGGUACAACAAUCUCCACCCUCCAGACUGACCCACACGUCAGGCUGGAGUCUCGAAUUUAUACUCUCCCAGCUCUCUAGGGUCCCAUUUGAGUCCCUGGCCAUGAUUGACCUCCGGCUCCUUGGUGGCCAUUACUUCAGCUCACCACCCCUCCGAAUUGGUAGCGCUAAGGGUCGAUGAGCCCUACCUCAUCUCAAUGGCUUUUUUAGUGGAAUUCCACUGGACUCCAUUUGCAAGGCAGCUAUCUGGGCCAAUCCUCUGACAUUUGUCUAUAGGCUGGACUCCAGGUCCCACUCAAAUACUGCCUUCGGCAGGUCCAUUCUGGCCUCCAUAUCUUGACUGAGAUUCUGUUCAGACUCACAAACAUAUGUGUGUGUGUGUGUUUCCCCCCCGUAUAAACAGACACAAAAGAUAAUAUACACUGUUUAUGUCAAUUUCAAGCUCUUUAUUGUUGGAAAGACAGAAUGAGUCAGUAACCUGUAUUAUCACUAUGCUUAAACAAUUCUGGUCAUGGUAGUCCCAAGGUGAUGUUUCUUCUCAAAAGGUCCUCUUAAGGUUAUGGCUCUGCCUACUAGGUCUAGCUGGACAAUGUUGAUUUUCUCUGUCCUCUUAGGUAAACAAUUGGCUCAUAAGCCCAAUGCUAAUGUACCUUUCUGUUCUAUCAGAAUAAGUUUGCUAUGUGUUUAUUUGCACUUCCAUGCCCUUGCCUUGUCCAAGCAAUAUGCCUAAUGUAAUUUGUUGUCCCAUGUAAAGGAUCGUUACCUUGACGCGAUGCUGGGGCUUGCAUGCCUUGAUGAUGCCAUGAGCUAUAUCGUGCAGGGCCACCCAAGAUGGGAAAGUCAUGGAAGAGAGGUCAGACUAAAUACAAUCCCUGGAGAAAGUAAUGGCAACCCACCCCAGUAUUCUUGUCAUGAAAACUAAAUGGAUCAGUACAAUCAGAGAAAUGUCGGUAUACCAUCGGAAGAUAGGACUCCUAGGUCAGAAGAUGGUCAAAAUGCUACUGGGGAGGAACAGAGGACUAGUCCAACUAGCCCCAGAGGUGAUGACGCAGUUAGCUCAAAGCUUGAGGUGAACGACAAAUCCGAAGUUCUAAAGAUCAACAACACAAUUUGUUGCACCUUGAACUUUCUUGCACUAUAGGUACUGAUAUGUGCAAUAAAUGCUUCUUGAUUUACUUAACUGGUGUCAGUUUGAAAUGUCGGUUACCACCAAAAUUUGAAAGAACACAGCUUGGGAAGUUUCCCUUAGAGCCCGUGCAGGUGCAGUAAACUUCAUAUGUGUGAAUUCACAGAAGACCAUUCAAAGAAACAUGGUUACAGGUAAGCAACCUGUCCUCAAGACACAUAAGAAAAAUGUAAUGUCAGUGUGGGAGGAGAUUAAUUCCAGCAGACACUGCCUCAUCUCUCCCUCCAAGGGCAGGACAGUGAAAGUUGGGAUGGAGGGACAGCCUUUUCUCUGCUUCUGGGUCUGCACUAUGGAGUUGUGUCUGCGUCUUCUUCAGUUCCUCAAAGGUCAAGGCAGUGGCAGUUAGGAGCAUGAAACUUUUUUUCAUCUGUUCCUGGGCCUAAUGGAAAAUACCCAUACAGUAUAAUUAUUAUCCAGAUCGAAAUAGGUUAACAUGAAAGGGAAGAAUAUACUACAGGAAGUAUUAAUUCAGUUUCUGUACAUGUGGAGGUCAAAGCUCCCCACCUGCAAAACUUAUGACUUGCAUGUGGGAGUUCUGCAAAAAUCUGGAAUAUACUCCUGUAAUGAAACCUACCUUCAGCUAAUACUAAUGAUCUGUCCUAGUGAUUCACAACUUUUGAGGUUCUUUGAUAGUUUCAGAAUAGAAUUCUUUCUAUUGUUCAUGCUGGAAGAAGUGUAAAAAUAACUGGAGAGCCAAGGUUGGGAGCUACUGAUCAGCUUCAGAUUUUAAAACCAAGAAAAAAGUGAAAAGCUAUUGCUUAAAAAGAAGGCGGUACUUCAGAUAAGGAGAACCAGCAUGGUGUAGUGGUUUGCAUGUUGUACAUAUACAACCUUGUCACACGGCUGCCAGUGUCGCUCCACUUCAUUGGGGAUGUGGGAAAUCCAGCGCCUAACACCCUGCAUCACCCAGCUUCCGCUGAGGGCAAUCACAUGGGGGGAAGCGUGGCAACAUGUGGUGGCUGCAUGUGCCGACUCUGCCCUCCCCACGAAGCUGUGCCAGUUUUGUCCGAUGGGAGCUGGCCAGCUCGAUGGGUGACCUGGGCUAAAUUGGUACAUGCUGCCGAAUUUAGCCCUAUGUGAAGAGGUCAUAGGACCCUGUUCCUCCAUAGAUGCCCUCUGGGUGUCCUUCAGCAAGUGUCAUCCUCAUAGUCUUAGAAAGAGACAGUGGCAAACCUCUAAAUAAUUCUUGCCAAGAUAAUCACUAUCUGUCAGAACUGAUUUGUUGUUAUGUGCCAACAAUUUUACGUAAUGUGAACUGAGUAGGGAUCAUGUGAUUCUCCAGUUAACAGUAGAUUACAACUCCCAUCUGCCAUAUCCAGCAUAGCCAAUGAAGAAAAUGCUGGAGCUGCAUUGCACAACAUCUGGAGGGACAUAUAAUUUCCACCCUCAAAGCAAUUAAUGUAAAGAGUUUUUCUAUUAAAAAGCAAUGAAGAGAAAUCAUGUUUGACAUUCUUAAAAAAUGAAGGAGGGCAAAGCUGUCUUUGUGUUUUAUCAGUCACCUUCUAGUAGAUGAGCACCGUGCUGCCUGGCCAUGAACAUGAAAUACUCCACACCGAGUAAUCAACACAUCACAUAUUUCACUUUUAAUUCUUUUCUCAUACGUUUAAGCAAUAUCCCUGCAUCCUGUCUUUCUAGUGUAGUAACUCUGAACUGAAUAAUGUAAGAAACUUUCUGGAUCAGAUCUCAGAAGAAUGGCAUGAACUCAAUAACCCUCUUCUGAGGCUGUUCCCCAGCAGCUGGUGUUCAGGGACAUGUUGCAUCUGAGUAUGCUAGUAGGAUAAAUUGGAAAUGAGACAGUAUUACUCAACUCAACUUGAUGCAUGGGGACAAGAGGGAGAAGACCUACCGACCUUAGAUUUCCUAGAUUAGCCUUUACCUGGCCUACUAUGACCACCUUUCCAAUUCUAGACCGAUACUUCUAACAUUGCUGAGAACACUUCCUCCCUGUCCAUUACUCCAGCUUCCUCAUAUAUAGAGACAUGUCUUUCAUUUCCUCCUGAGAGGCUGGAGACAACUAUGACACCCUUAGAUAGCUAGAACUAGGAUAGCUAUCUUCUUUCUCAUUUAUUUAUAUUUACUACAAUACAUACUUGUCUUUUCUUUUUACAAUACAUAACUGAUGUAUCAUAUUUCACUUACCAACCACUGUACACACCCAUACUUUGCUGCAACAGACUAUAUAGCUACCAGACGUUAAUAACUAUAUAUUAAUUCUGAAGUUGUAUCUUGCUAAUAAUACAAAACUAUCUCAAAUGACAGAAGACCAUAACUGUAGUUCUACACUAUAUAAAGAUAGAUACCCAACAUGUGUCUUGACAGCCUCAAUCAAAGGGUAAUAUUGCUUUCAAAAUGCAUGUGAAAGUUGGUGAAGAGCAGUGACUUGUUCAAAUUCUUCCUUGGCCAUGUACUCCUGGGAUGCCAUAAAGGUAAAUCAUUAUUCUUUAGUACGCCAUGGGCAAUACUGUCUGAUAUACUUACAAGUGCCUCUAAGAACAGCUGAGUUAAAUUUUAUUAUUUAUUUGUUUAUUUAAGAUUUAUCUAUCUAACUGGAUGUUAAAGACAAAAUAAUGGGUACAUGUUUUCCAUAGAACUAUUCCAAAUCUUUAAUGUCUUCUGCUAAGUAUGAUGUCAUGAUGUUAAAUUGUUGAUUUUCCUUCCUCCAGUUUUCAUGCCUCCUUCCUUGGAGUAUAAUCCUGAUUUAUGGAUGAUACAUUCAAUGUAACUAUUAAACAGGAUGGAAAAAUUCAGCCUUGCCUGACCCUUUUGUCCCCCUGCAUACCAUUGGAGUUACUGGAGCUACUGCUAUCUCUGGUGUCCCUUUCUUGGAGACUGGAAUAUAUACUGAGUGUUUCCAGUCUGCGGGCCAGUAUUUUGUUUUCCAUAUUUAUUGAUGGAUUUUACCAGUAGUUUGAACUAGAGUGGAUUCUUCUGUGUAGCUUGAAGCAGCUCCAGCGGUAUGUGAGAGAACAAGGGACCCCAUCUGUUUCUCCUAAUUCUGUCCUAAUGUGUCAGGGAUUCCUCUUCUUCAGAAGAGGAAGGGGAGCAGGUUCUUGAAUCUGAGGGUGAGUUGGAGUCUGAGGAGGAGACUUUGCUAGUACCCUUAUUCCAGGAGAGGCGAAAGGAAACAGAGCAGAGACAUUGUUCAGCUAGAUUAGCUGCCAGAAAUGCAACUGAGUAAUUAGGAACUGCCCUAGCAGCUGUGUGGGGACCCAGGGCUAUAAAAGCCGAAGCUGGUGCAGCCAGCUCUUGCUGGUAACCAACUGACUCUAAUGCCUCCACUCUCUGUGUGCCUGUUCCAAGUCUGCAUCUGGAUUUAUGCCUGUUUCUUUGUCUGAAGUAAGACUUCCAGGCUUUCUUUUGCAUUAUCUCACUGAGUGUACUGUACUUUACAUUUUGCUGAAGUAAAGCAGUUUUCAUUUACUUACCACAGUGUUUUAAGGCUUUUCUUGAAAGAUAAAACAGGACAUAAUGAUAGCCUCUUGUCCUCACUACUGGUUAUGCAUAAUAAUAAUAAAAUGUGAUGGCGCAGUAAUUUCUUUGCAUCAUCUACAAAAUAUGCCUAUCUUUUAAGGCAGGGUUGGUGAGGAGAACUGUGGCAGGGAGGAAUCCCUUUUGAUCCCACCGCUGCCACCAAUUGAAGAGAGCCCAAUUUGUGGUACUCAACUCAGGCAGGGGAAAUCCUUUUUCUAAAUCCCACUGCUGCCUCCAAUUGAGGAGAUGUGCGCGCGUGUGAGAGGGAGGGAUGGAGGAUGUGUGAAUGUAUGACAGGGAUGAUUUAGUGGAUAAGGAAGGAUAACGGAACUGAUUGGGUUUAAAUGAGUAAAGAUGGUAACUUAUAUAGAAAAGUACGGUAACUGCCACCAACGUGAGGUAACAGGCUUACAGAGAGGCAAGGAGACUUAUCUUUAUGAACAAUAACAAAAUGCAAGUUUAUUUUGGUACAUAAGCAUGUGUGGUUUCAAUCAGUAAACGUUCCGGAUCUUAAGUUACAAUGCCGUCUUGUUUGAAUGGAUAUUUCUUAAAUAACUUCUCUUAAAACAGUAUACUAAACUCCCGGUCAACUUGUAUUCCCAGCCUUUCCCCUGAGUGACCAUAAGCUGCCGUCCUUAGCCAGAGCCGGCCCUAGGUAUUUUUCAAGUGUAGGCGAACAGAAUUUUGGUGCCCCCCCCCCCAAACCAAUCACUGAAAAAUAAAAGCGUUGGAUAAGCGAAAAUGUUUGAUAAUAAGGAGGGAUUAAGGAAAAGCCUAUUAAACAUCAAAUUACAUUAAGAUUUUACAAAUUAAGCACUAAAACAUCAUGUUUUACAACAAAUCAACAGAAAAAGCAGUUCAAUACCUUGCGGAGGCAGGCCGCAGGAGACAGGAGUUGCCUCGAUGGCGCCCCCAACAAGAUGGCGCCACAGGCAACUGCCUAGUUGGCCUGGUGGUUGAACCGCCUCUGUCCUUAGCUGAUUUCCCCAGCUCCUUAUCUUUCCAAAACCUAACCGCAACACUUCUUCUCAAACCCCUAACAGCCACUCCUUUUUAAACCCUCACAGCAACUGAACUUUUAUAAAGGAAUAUGCUCCAACUGUCAUCUUAGCCACGCCCCUUUUCUCCCAAGGGAAGCUGUGUUACCAUGGCAACCUACCAAAUGCUGCUUCCAGCUAGUUUCCAUGUUAGGCUUUUCCUUGCUAAUAUAUAACUCUUUUUUUCCCUUAACAAACAAAUAAAUAAAAUCAUAUCAAUAAUCUCUGUUUAACACAUAACAUCCUUACAGUUGGGAAUUCUGAAAUUCUCUGGUGCACUUCAUUUUUCAAUAUAUGUUUGUAAUAUGAUCCCUAGUGGCUCUUGCUUUCCUGAAUCCUGCUUGGACAUCUGGCAGUUAAAGUAUAUAAUCACAAUAAAAUACAUUCAAUAAAAACCAUAUUAAAACACAUUUCUAUCAAAUACAUUAAAAUACAUGGGAUAAACAUAAAAAUAUAAUGGACAUAGAAUGUGAAUUUAAAAUUAAUAAUUAAGAACAAACUGGAUAAAGGGUAUUCAUUGUUUCUUAAAUUCUGACAGCUGGUUUAGUUGUUGAAGCUCUUCUGACAGAUCAUUCCACAGUUGUGGGCAGCCAAUGAAAAGGUCCUCUGAGUGAUGGUUGCCAGUCAGAUUCUGGCUGGAUGAAGUAGCCUCCCUCCUCUCAGAGGACCUCAGUGUCCAGGGCUGAUUAUACAGGAGAAGGCGAUCCUGUAGGUAACCUAGACCCAAAACAGUAGAGCUUUGAAUGUCAAAAACCACACUUUGUACUAAUUGGAAACCAGUGGAGUGAUUGUUUACUCCUAGAUCUUCCCGUAAUUAAUAUUUAGACAUCUAAUGCUCCGCGUUUCAUCAUUUCUGUUUCUAUGUUUGUGUGGAACAACCUUCUUGAUAUUUGUAUUUGCCACACAUCCUGGCAUUUCCCUUUUUGCUUGGUUGUACCUUCAUGCUUGCUGCCAGCAGUCGCGUGAGAAAGCAACCACAGGUCUCCAUUACUACUGGUAAAUAAAUGCCUGUGGUAGUGACAGUCCAUGACAAAGCAAACUAGAGGUUUAAUCAGUCAAAAGAUUCCCACAGUGUGCAGAAACAGAUGUGGCAAGAAACAUUUUAUCAGAUUUCUGAGUCAUUUGGGGGCAAUGGUGGAGUUCAAUGACAUUUUGAUUUCCUGAAACCCCUUCUUCCAAAAUUCUAGCUCAACAAUUUAUCCUCUUUAAGAAUAUAGUCAAAAUUUCAGUGAAAUUAUAUUUAAAAUGUUAUUCUGUUCUAUGGAUCAUAAUUUAAUUAUUCCUAUGAAAUUAUGAAUGGCCACACUUUGAAAUGACAGGCAUAGAAUUCACUGUUACUUCUUUUCUAGAAUGUCAAAUAUGCCUAUCUUUUAAGGCAGGGUUGGGAAUUAUGUGAUCCUUCAGAUGUUGUAACACUCCAACCUCCAGCAUUUCUCAGGCUAUGCUGGCUAGUACUCCUGGGACUUUCAAUCCAGUCUGUGAUAUUUUUAUAUAGCAAGGAGUAUUUAAAUGUUGGGUUUUGAAACAAAUAUUUGACAGAUAAUGAAUCCCACUAGGUCAAUAUUACAUAAGUUUCAUUAAAUCAACAGGUUGGGAUAACCAAUUAGAUCUAGGCAAUUACCUGUACAUUUCCAAGUAUUUAUUUACAAUUAAAGAAACUGGACAGCUUUGAUCCAUUGCUUUACGAAGUGGUAAAAUCUUCAAAUGAUAAGAACAUAAGUGCAAAGGGCCAUGUUGGAGGAACCAAAGUCUGCCAAAUCUAUCAUUUUGUUCAUAUAGUUGCUGGCCAGCCAGUGAUCUAAGUACCUUUCUCUGGUACUGGGCAGGGUAUGUAUAUCUAUUGUGUAACUACUCCAAAAUGACAGCCUGAUUGCCCAUGAUUUUACUCAUUUUUCUUCUAAAGGUUAACAUCCAUACAUCUAGUCUCAGUGAAUUUCAGUUUAUGCAUUGUGUGAAGGAGCACUUCCUCUUCUCCUUUUCUCCCACCAUUCAGCUUCUUAACUCUAGAAUGAAUACACUGUAAAAAUAAUGCUGCUUAAAACUAUUUUAAUUGCCAUUUUACAAGGAGCACAUAUACAAUGAUUCCUUUGGUCAGUUUGGAACUGGUUUGGCCAAAACUUGUUUUGCUGUGUGGAUAAUUAGUUUGCCAUUUCUGGAACAGGUUCAAGGCCAGGAAGGCAAUGUUGGAAUGUGGUCUUAAACCAGUUCCAGAAUCUACAGUGUCUGUAGCUUGAUAGUCACCAGAGCUGGUGUUUUUUUUUUUUUUAACCAAUUUCUGGGCAAGAUGCACACCAGCACUCUAGAGGCAUAGGAGGAAAGAAGGAAAAGUGAUAUUAGUAGUGGAGGUAAUCAAUUACUUGUUCCAGGAGGGAGGGUCAAUUAGGCCCCUGCUGCCCAGCCAUGCCUCAGGGUGUGUUUUUUUUGGCAUCUUUUAACUCCAUGUUCUGAAUUUUACAGUGUGGACAGGUGUCUACAAUUAGCUUUGCAUUCUGCAGAGCUGAUUUUGCUACAUAAUGUGGUUUACAUUUAGGGAUCACUGAUGGACAGUCAGGGGCUUAUCUUGGACUUUCUCCCAAUUUUGUGUGAUGUGCUUUCAAGGCUUUAACCCAUGCUGCAGUGCACUUUGGCAUCAUGCAUUUUUUAGCCACUGCAGAUUGAAGCUAGCUUCAAAAUUGUAUUAUAUGGUCAGCGUAGCUAAGCCCCAAGUUAAGCAGCUCCUAAGCUUUGCUUUUAUUCAUACUUCUUAGUCAUUUUGGUUCUUUAUUUCUAGAUCUGGAUAUCCUUCUUUUCAGUAUGGUUGCAUCAUAGAUUUCUCUAAAGCAGUGGUUCCCAACCCAUGGGCCGUAAGAAUGAAAAUCUAGUCCACAGACCUCCUUCCACUUUAUUUUAUUUUAUUUCCACUCCUUUCUGCAGAGCUGACCAUUGGGCAGACAGCAUCAGCUCUAGAUGAUUAAAUAUAGUUUUCUGUGGGCGAGCAGAUGGCGAUUACUGGGCGGCAUAUGUUCUGUAUCAGAAACUAGAGCUGAUGUGAUCUAUUUAAUGCAAAUUUCUGAAUCAGCACCCCAAAUAACAAAACCGAAUCUAAAGUUGACUAAAAACUGAUCCCUUAUCAAAGUUGGCCCUGGUAAAAAAAACCCACUGCUCUAAAGACAAUAUGAUAUUAGCAAUUUUAUUUUCAUCUGCAUUUUUUAUCAUAAAUUUUAUUGCAAUACUGGUUAGUAAUAGCAAAGACAAUUGGCCUGAGAUUAAUUGCAACUUUGUUCCCUUUUUGGAAACAAGCAGAAUCACAAAAAGGGAACUAUGUUUGUGUAUAUAUUUAGCAGCAAUUUCCCCUUAUUUUGAGCAAUACGCUCGCACAGCGUCAAUGUUAUAUUUUUUCCCCCAUAGCUACAGCUCACAGCAAAGGUGUUCUUCAAAUUUCCUUUGUUCUCACAAAUCUUGAUUGGGCAAACUGGGAAAAUUCCCCUUGUGUUUUAGAGUUGCAUAUAAAACCAUUUACUGGGACCCUUCCAUUCAAAGAUUAUGUACUUUACAGCUCUUCAAUAAAUUCCUAGACAAAAGAAUGAGGAGAGACAGGUUUCAAUGGCUCAUCCCCCAUUGUUAUCUUUCCUGUUUUCUAUGGAACAUGGUGGCCAGGCUCCUAUAUAUUUUCAGUGCUAAUACACUGGAUACGUCUGCCUUUCGAAUCCAGCCUGUGAAAAAUUCAGAUAACUGUCAAGAUCACACCAUACAUUUCAUACAGACUUUUGCACUGAUAGGAGAACCCGUGGUCCUGAAUUGUCCUCCUUUCAGAUAUAAAAGCAUGGAUGCUUCUGGUCUGCUCUUUAACCUCAGCUGGUACAAAAAUGGUUCAACAGAAAUGAUUUCUUCAGAAAGCACAGGAAACAGAAUAUGGUCAAAUAAAGAUGCUCUUUGGUUUUUACCAGCAUCUCUGGAAGACUCUGGGGAAUACAUCUGCAUGCGAAGGAAUUCAACAUAUUGUUCUGAUGUGUCACUUCAUCUAACCAUUGUUGAAAAAAGUGCUGUACAAGCUAUUUCCUACCCUCAGAAGGCCACUUUAUUGAGUUCUGGACAUCUUGUUUGCCCUCUCCUGGAAGAUUUUAUACAGAAUAAUACAGAGUAUGAACUGAAAUGGUACAAGGAUUCUAUACUUCUGAAAAUAGACAACAAGAAGUUUAAAAUGAGAAGGGGCACAAAUUAUCUCACGAUUCCUUCAGUGUCAAUGGAUGAUUCAGGCUUCUAUACUUGUCAAAUGACCUUUAAGUAUGAAACAAUGAAAUACAACAUCACCAGGACCAUUCAGCUACAGAUACUUGGUCAGAAGAAAAAAAGCAGACCUGUGAUUGUCUAUCCAAAUCAAAACAUUACUUUGGCAGUUCUCGAUUCUCGACUGACCAUCCCAUGUAAAGUGUUUGUUGGAGCAAAUAGUCAUACUUUCACUGAUGUCUGGUGGCUAGCCAACAAAAGUUAUAUUGAUGUAGUAUAUAAAAACAAACGUGUUACAGAAGGAAAACCUCAGAAAUUUGUAGAAAAUGGUGACAGUUACAUUGAGGUGCCACUGAUUUUUGAUCCUGUCAAGAAAGUGGAUUUCAAUACAGAUUUCACAUGCGUUGCUCAGAAUAGGAUUGGGCAUCAAGUGCAAGCAACACAUGUCAAACAAGAAGAACAUUCUUUCUCUUGGUACAUGGCAGUCAUUCCUGCGGCUUUAGCUACUGUGAUCAUGGGAGGAGUCUGUGCCUUUACAUGCUGGAGGAAAAGAUCUUUCCGAGGAUAUGUUCCAGCACCAGUUCAGUCAUAAAGAAAAUAUUUUCGCUUCAAAAAAACAUAUCAAGAUACUAGAAAUCCUGAAAAAAUGGGUAAUAGCUCUGUCAGAACAUCCAAACACUAUUUAUUCCCACGAUAACAAUGUAAUAAACUUUCAAUAAAUGGCAUAACCUGCUCGCAUUUUAGUAUCUCCAAAUGUGGAUCAUCUUUAUGUCCACCAAGAUGCCAACUUCCUUUAAAUAGGUGGAUUUGGUUAUUUUAGGAUAAAUGCACUACUACCUAUUAUUAGGAUUUCGGGUAGAAACCAUCUAUUCAUGCAGUCCCCAAGUUACAAACAUCUGACUUACAAAUGACUCCUUGUUAAGAAUAGGGGUAGAACAACAGGAAGUGAGAGAAAUCCUACCCCUCAGAAGGAAAAUUCACUACUGAAACAGUUAUCACGGGGGAAAGGUGUCUCAACUGAAGCUGUAUCACCAAUCCUUGUUUCCACAACAUGCCAAAUUUUUCAAAAUUUAAUUAUCACAGGGAGAGAAACUGAGGUGAAAUCUUCUGAACAUGAGCACAGACAGCAAAACAAACACCACAAGUCUGUGUGUGUGCGUGUGUGUACGUGUGUGCGGCUGGAGUUACACUUUAAAAAUGCUCCUGUUCCAACUUACAUGCAAAUUGAACUUAAGAACAAACCUACAGAAGCUAUCUUGUUCGCAACUUGCAGACCCUCUGUACUACCUCCUUCUCGAUCAUUCUCUUUCCUUUCCUAUGCGAAGAACAUUAACAAAAGAGUUUGAAGCUUACAUUUCUUCUAAAAGCCUUUUAUAUUCAAAAUGUUACACCAUUCAUAAAAUUAUUGUAAAUAAAAAGGAUUAAUUGCU